GCUGCGCGGGCCUCGGCUGCGCGGGCACGCGGGACUCCUGAGUGUCAAUCACGCGCCCGCUGAGCUCGGCAAGGCCGGAGCGGCGCGGCAGCGGCGAUGGGACCCCGGCGAGAGAUCUGCGGCUAGCUGGCUGCACUUGCUCCACGGGUCAGGGGAUCGGAGGGGGCAGGAUUGAAGAAUGUGCCAUUAAAAAGAAAAGUCAAGGAGUAAACAACAAGAAGAGGGAGAGGAGAACUUCAAAGAGCCCAGAGGACUGACCCGGUGGGUGCUGUCAUUCCAGCUGGGAAGAAUGAGCUCCUGCAGCAAUGUCUGUGGGUCCGGGCAGGCACCACCUGCUGCCGAAGGCGGGCACCAGCGCUACGGUGUCCGGUCCUACCUGCACAAGUUUUAUGAGGACUGCACCGCCUCGAUCUGGGAGUAUGAGGAUGAUUUCCAGAUCCAGAGAUCACCUAAUAGGUGGAGCUCGGUAUUCUGGAAGGUCGGACUCAUCUCUGGCACAGCCUUUGUGAUCCUGGGAUUGACUGUUCUGGCAGUGGGCUUCCUGGUGCCCCCCAAAAUCGAAGCCUUUGGUGAAGCCGAUUUUGUGGUGGUGGACACACACGCUGUCCAGUUUAAUGGCGCCCUUGACAUCUGCAAGCUGACAGGAGCCAUUCUCUUCUGCAUCGGAGGCACGUCCAUGGCGGGCUGCCUGCUGAUGUCGGUGUUUGUGAAAAGCUACUCCAAAGAAGAAAAAUUCCUUCAGCAAAGGUUUAAAGAACGAAUAGGGGACAUCAAGGUGCAUACCCAGCCCAUUACAAAAGCUCCAGGCCCAGGGGAAACUAAGAUUCCAGUCACCUUGUCCAGGGUUCAAAAUGUCCAGCCUCUAUCGGCAACCUGAAACAUUUGCCACCUGUCCCUCCCCUUUCUGAUUGAUGCACAUUGUUAAAAUGGAGAAGGCCGGUUUUUUAGAUGACCGGGAUUUGGCGUCUUCUUGCUCCAGGGCUGUGCACUGCUCUGGGCAGCGCCAUUAAGCAAGCUCAGACUAGCCCAGUUCAGGUGGCUGUGGGGAAGGUUGGCACCAUUUGUCAACCAGUACACACAUGUCCAGCUGCUUAAAACGGGUGCCCCUGUGUGUCCGCCAGGAGCCCCUCUGGGACUUUCCUCUCAUAUAUUGUGACUUGGUAUCAUUUUCCGUAUUGUUUGAAAGCGCUGAGCACUUUAGACCCAGCCUUAUUCAUGGCUAACGUGGUCUGUUUUAUUUUGCAGUAUUGGUUUUUCUGAUUUUCCCUGCUCAUUGCUGUCUUCCAUUCUUGUGUUAGCUAUUGUUACGUGAGUUCCCUGAUUUUGACUCAGAUAUUAGUCUUUUGAUUAUAUCUUAACAAGACUUUCUUCAGAUUGGACAAAUUUAUCCGCAUUCUCUACAAAUCUUUUUGUUUUUCCAGCUUUUUUCAUUUAAAAAGCUAAAAUUGCCAACUUUAGAAUCUUGAAACAACAAAAAAAUUUUAAUAUUAAGAGUAUCUAUUUAUGCAGUGUUAAAAAAGAGCUGAAUUAGAAGCCAGGAAAUCUAAGUUCCUACUAGUAACUGGCUGUGUGACCUUGGGAAAAUCAUUUAACCUCCCCAGACCUGUUUCCCCAUCAGUAAAAUGAGAGUCCUGGCCAUGACGUCCGAGGGCCCGCCUUGCUCAAACACCUAAAAGAUUCCUUUUUUGCCUUGUAUCUUUGCAUCUCUCCACCAAGAAUGUUUAUGAUGUCCUUGUGGUUCUCACCACAGUGGGAUUCUCUCAGUGGACUCCUGGAAAGCCACCAAGUCAGCAGCCUGCCACAAUACUCACCCUUAAAUAUCCAACUCCAGCAGUGUAUACCACACUGUCAUAUUUUUAUAAAGACAAAAGCAAGCCAUCCUCAAAUAAAAAAUCCCUGGGUAGAUAUUAACCUUUUAAAGGGUUUUCUUUCUCAAAUAAGAAGUAUUUUCCAGCAAGAUGUUCAUUUCAUCCCUUUGCACUUUUAUUUAAUCUGUAGAUAUAAAUUAGUCUGAGGAAAAUGGAAGAUGUGACCUUGGUAUUCGCUCAGAAUUUGUGCCACCAUAGAGCUCUGUCUUUUGGGGUUUCUUGUUUUUCUUUUUUCUUUCACUGGAUAAAUAAAAUAUGUGAACAAGUAGAACCUAGAAUUGCAUUGUCAUUCCUUCAAUGUGGCUAUUUUCUCUCCAACAUGUAAUUUUCCAUUCUGAGGCUGAAAAGCUCUGAUGUUCUCCUGGCUAAAUGGAAGAAUAAAUGAAGUAAUUAGUG